AUAAGUCUUAUAACACGUAAUGUUAAGUGAAUAUAAAUACUGCGAUAAAAACUAGUGUUUGAAUGAAACAAAAGUUUAUUUUUGUUGGUUUUAUCGCUUGAAAAGUCUGACAGAAGGCAGGAUUGUAUACAUUAUUAUUGUUGUGACCACUGUUUUCAAGGGGUGUGUACUUACAGUAUAGAUAUAUAAACAAAAUUCAAGAAUAAUAACUAUAACUAUGGACUCAUCGGCUGAAUCAGUACUUCUGGCGGACUCUCCAUAUCAUAAUCCGGUGCUCAAUAUUGGCGAUGACAGCAAAAAACAAAAGAUCCGAGAAAUUCUUAAGGGAUUUAUUUUAUCGGUUUCUAAAGUCAAGAAAAUUGUUGACGUCUUCAGUGAAGAGAUGAGACUCGGAUUAGAGGCCAACCCGUCCCGAAAGUCAUGCUUUUAUAUGGCCAACACAUUUGUUACCGACUAUCCGGACGGAACUGAAGACUGUGAUGUACUGGCUAUGGAUAUCGGUGGCAGUAAUUUGCGGGUUAUGUUAUGUCGACUAAAACCGGGAACAGAACCAGAAUUUCGUGUCCAACACUACGAACUAACUGCUGACCAAAGAUCGGGAACAAGUGCUGAACAGUUUUUUGAUCAAUUGGCCAAAAAUAUCGGCGAUUUUAUUUCAAAGAAUCCCGACAUAAGUGACAAACGACUACCUCUUGGAUUCACAUUUUCCUUCGGUUACGAACAGUUAGCUUUGGAUAAAUCAAAGAUUCUUCAGAUGGGUAUUCAAACAAAUUUUCCCGACGCUUAUGGCAAGUGUGCCGUUCAGUUCUUACGGGAUGCCAUUGCACGCCAGGGCGUGAAUGUAGAUGUAAUAUCCAUUGCCAAUGAUGUGACCACUACUCUCAUGUAUGGUAUGUAUUUGAAACCUGAGACAUAUGUCAGUUAUAUACUGGGCUCCGGUAUGAAUGCCGGUUAUUUGGAGAAAGUCGAUCGCAUCGGUAGAAUUGAUCCGUUAAAAACGUUUGACAAACCAGUUGAAAGCAUUAUCGUUAACACCGAGUGUGGCUUUCUUGGAGAUGACGGCGCCAUUGAUUAUGUAAAGACUCGCUGGGAUAUGGAGUUGGAUGAAGAGUCGAUGAUUCCGCAUAGUUAUGGUUUCGAGAAACUGGUCGGCGCUUUCUUUUUUGGUGAUCUUAUACGUCGUUCACUAUUAACGUUAGCCGAAAACCAACUGUUUGUCGGCGGACUCAUUACCGAUGCUCUCAAACAAAAGGAUUCAAUCAAAGCUCCGGACGCGUCGUUAGUCGAGAACGACAAAAGUGAUGACUUUGUGACUAAAUUACUCCAACGAUUAGGCUAUACCUCCGCUCAGAUAACCAAAGAUGACAUUGAAAUUGUGAAAUACGUUUGCUCUCAGAUUGCUGUGCGAAACGCACAGUUAAUUGCCGCCAAUAUUGCAUCGGUUGUCGACAGAAUCGAUAAGCCGUUUAUAAGAGUGGCAAUUGACGGCUCUUUCUAUAAAAAACAUCCAAAACUUCAUACUUUGAUCACUGAUUUUAUCGUUGAAUUGGUUCCCAAUAAUAAAAAGGUCGAACUUUUCUUAGCCGACGACGGAAGUGGUAAGGGAUCAGCUCUUAUAGCGGCCGUUGCUGUCAAACAAAGACAAAAAUCUUGAUUUUAUGUCUCAAUGA